UGUUGCCGCCUGACGCCAUGCAGCUUAUCGACAUACACGAUAUUCAACAUUUGUCGCGCGGCGUUGCAUUCUAUCUAGUUUACGAAAGUGGUUCGACUAGUUUACAGACAACAUGAGAAACGAAGUUAAAUUAAUAUUGGAAAUAGAAAACAAUGAUUGUUUAUACAAUUACAAAUUAGUUGAAUAUUCCAGGAAAGAUAUAACGGAUAAAGCUUGGGCAGAAGUAGCGGAAAACACUAAUUCGACAGUGACCGAGUGCAAAGAGAGGUGGAGAAAUAUAAGGUCAUCAUUCCUCAGAAGUUUGAGACCCCUGCCUAAUGGAUCCAAGCCAAAAAAGUCUUACUAUUUGAAUGAUUAUUUACAAUUUUUAUUGCCUUACAUUAGACCACUAAACGGGGCUAUUAGUGGUAAUGUUCCACCAUCUGACACGCAAAAAAGUAUAACAUCUGAAGAUUCCCAAAUCGCUAAUGACGAGGUCUUCGAUGAGGAACCACCCGAUUAUGGAAUUGUUGAAAAUGAAAAUGAAGAUGAUGAUGAAUAUCCUCCAGAAGUAAAAGAAGAACCACUUGCGCCAUUAAUACAAUCUGAAUGCUCCACCACGGCUCCAAGUUCUUCCAGACAUUCCCAAAUUUCUAUCAUAGGAAAUCGUCGUCGUAAACGGCCUAUAUCCGACGUGGAAAAAACUUUUAUUAAGUAUUUACAAAAUAAGGCCAAGAAAAGGCCAAGCAACCAAGAUUUCUUACAACAUUCUGUAAACCAUUCCAAUACUGUAGAAAAUCCAAUGCUCUAUUUUUUUAAGAGUUUAUUACCUGAAUUUGAAACCAUGACUGAGGACGAAAUAAGAUCAUUUAAAAUUCGAGUUAUGAUUCUUAUUGACGAGAUAAAAAAAUCAAAUUCUCACAGUUCUUCAUCAUCUACGAUCGCAUAUCCUAAAAUAGAAAAUGUUUGGGAAGUGUCAAACAGUUCUUUAUAAUAAAUAAAUAAUAAAUAUCAAUAGACCAGGGCGGAUCUGUUUUGAGGUGGAUGUAAGAGAUGACAUUCGGAUUUUUGCAGAUGAAGUUAGGUGACAACUUCAAUAAUUAUAAUUGACUUACGCUCCUUCUCAAAUAUGACCGGAACAUUAAUAAAAAAAAAGAAUGUGUGUGUACUUUGUACGCACGUAAGAAGUUAUACUUCUAUUAUUAUGAUUUCAACGAAAUUAAUAUACUUAACAGGUUAUUUGUAUUUUAUUUAAAUAUUAAACUAACUUUCUUUACCUACCACUUUUAAAAUUUUUUUAUUAAAACGAUACCAAAAAUAUAAAAAAAAGAAUAUGAAUCGUCCGGGAUUUGAACCCGGGACCUCUUGAUCUCCGGUCACACGCUCUACCACUGAGCUAUGCUAUAUCCCUUUUGCUUUGACAGGUUACAAGAUUUCUCAUACAUACUGACCAAGUGAAGUAUACAAAAAUACUUUAAAUAUACUUACUAUUAUUAUAAAAUAUCUUAUUCCCGUGGAAGACAAAUCCAAAGACACAAAAAUUAUAAUAAAUAAUACAUUUACUAAGAACACUAAUAAAUCCUUUUAUAUGAUAUAAUAUGACUUAUUUGCGCUGACAGCGCUGAUACAUGCAUAUCUUGAAAGAUUAGCAACGAAAUACAUACUGUCUGUGUGUGCAUGCGCCCGGCAUUAUAAAAUUUCACUCUCGAUCGUAAAGAAGCAUAACUUCAAAAAUUAAAAUAUUUAAAAAUUUCGAAUAACAUCGAAUUUUUUCUACUUUCUUUGCUUAUAACUUUAAAACGAUUUAUUUUGGAACAAAGUCGUACAGAAAUAAAAUAAAGAUAAUUAAAUUUUGUAUGAUAUACGACUGGUUAAAAAUGUCUUAAAUCACCAAUGUUUCAAAGUUAUAAACAAUUUUUUGGCUUAUAAACAAAUUAGUUUUGCCACCGGUUGCAACGGCCUGCUUUAUUUAGAUGGACUUACCCAAGCCUUGUUUAUGUAUUUGGACCCGUAGAACACGAAUUUUUUGGGUAAAAGUUGAUCCAGAUGUCGAUAAGAUUGUUAUAAACAUAGAACUUGAGGAACUACAUAACAGCGGUUUUUCGUAAAACAAAACAUUUUUUGUACUUUUUGAGUAAUUCUAAGCAAAAGAUUUUCUUACAAGUUUUUUCGUCGGAUGCAUAGUAUUUGAGAUAAACACGGUUGAACUUUCAAAAAAUCGAAAAAUUGCAAUUUUUGAACCCGAAUAACUUUUGAUUAAAAAAUAAAAUAGCAAUUCCGCUUACAGCAUUUAAAAGCUUAAAUCAAAUUAUAUCGGUUUUGAUUAUUUGCAUUGAUAAAAAUUAAUUUUUUUAUUGUUAAACAAAGCUAUUUGUUUAUAAGCCUAAAAACUGGUUUAUAAUUUUAAGACAUUGCUGAGGCCGCUUUAAUAAUCCGAUUUUAAUUCUGUAAAGUGUAUUAGAUAGGCAGAGCACCUCUUUAUACAGAGUGAGUUUGAUGUAUGGAAACACUCAAUUAUCUCGAAAACGGCUUGCACGAUUUUUAUAAAUUUUGAUAGGUAGGGAUUUUCUAAUGCGUUCGAUAUUAUAGUGCUAAUUACAUUGUUGUCAGAUCUUCUGUAUUUCUGCAAAUCUAACAAACUUUCUUAUUUCAAAUGGAACACCCUAUAUAUUUUUUGCGUUUUGAAGUCCUUAAGAAAUGCUGAUUAUUUUUCAUGUUAUAUUCCCUAUAACUGAAUGCCAUAAUUUCGGAGUCAUUGCUACAUUUAUUUUAAUUUUUUUUUUUUAAUUUUAACAAAUUAUAAAAAUCAAUUUUCCCGGCCCAGGUGGAUAUUAUUUUAGGUUCUUUGGAUCAUUGGGAACAAAAAAGGUCUUUUGUAAUUUUUCUCUAAAGUUAAUCGUUUUCGAGUAAUAAACAAUUUAAAACUGAAAAAAAUCGAAUAAUGACGAUUUUUAAGGUUCUAAAACACAAGUAAAAAAUAUAAUUUUUGAAAUUAUAAAGUACCUAAAUUCAAGCCCAACUCUUCUUCUGAUGGCUUGCCAUAAGAUUGUUUGUCUCUUUUUAUUCUAAAACAUUGAUUUUUAAUUUUUAAUGAAGUGCAUAUGAGAGGGCGGGCGAUCAGGCUACAUUAACAUUUAAAAUGACAAUGUUUUAAAAUGAAACAAUCUUAAAUUACUUAUCGGUAUCUGAUAAAAUAAGUAUUGAGGGUGAAUUUGGGUACUUCGCAGUUUCAAAAAUACAAUUGUUUAUUUGUGUUCUUGAACCGUGAAAAUCGUCAUUAUUCGAUUUUUUUCAGUUUUAAAUUGUUUAUAACUCGGAAACGAUUAAUUUUAGAGAAAAAUUAUAAAAAAUCUUUUUUGUUCCCCAUGAUCAAAACAACCUAAAAUAGUGUUUAUUCGGGUCAAAAAAUUGAUUUUUAUAAUUUGUUUAAUUUUUUUUUUAAUAAAUGUAGCAAUAACUCCGAAAUUAUGGUAUUUAGGUAUAGGGCAUAUAACAUGAAAAAAUUAUCAGUAUUUCUUAGGGACUUCAAAACACAAAAAAUAUACAGGGUGUUCCAUUUGAAAUAAGAAAGUUCAUUAGAUUCACAGAAAAACGGAAAAUAUGACAACAAUGUAAUUAGCACUAUAUUAUCGGCCGCAUUUAAAAACCCAUACUUACCAAAACCUAUAAAAAUCGUUUAAGCAGUUUUUGAGAUAAUUGAGUGUUUCCAUACGUAAAACUCACUCUGUAUGUAAAAAAUUUAGCCAACUUCUAAAUGGUCUACUUUUUGUUCAGAAAGAUUUUAAAAAAUUUGUACUUUUUUAAAAACAUUUAGAUUGCAAAUUUAUUAUGCAAAAUGUAUUAAGUCGAUUUUAAUGAAAUUUGGUAGUCGGCUUAAGUAUGCUAUAAGAAUUUUCUAACCGAAUUACUAAGGUUCUAAAUGCUACCGAAGUGGUUAAAAAACUUUGAAUAACAGCAGCCUUAUUUUGCCCAAUUAUUUUGUAUUUAUUGCUAUAUUGCAGAAAGGGUAAUAAUUUAAGACAUUUUUAAGCAGUCGUAUAUCAUACAAAAUUCAAUUAUCUUAAUUUUAUUUCUGUACGACUUUGUUCCAAAACGAAUUGUUUUAAAGUUAUAAGCAAAGAAAGUAGAAAAAAAUCGAUGUUUUUUGAAAUUUUUAAAUAUUUUAAUUUUUUAUUAAUGUUCCGUGCAUAUUUGAGAAGGAGCAUAAGUCAAUUAUUAUUAUUGAAGUUGCCACCUAACUUUAUCUGCAAAAAUCUGAAUGUCACCUCUCACAUCCAAAAAUAGACGUUUUUUCACAGUGGUCUACAAGAGAACACUAGAAAAAUGUACUUUAAGAAUAAAGAAAAUAGUAAAUAUGUUCAUAGAGAAAUUUGUAUACUUUUUUACCUUAUUAAUGUCCAAAGACAACACAGCCAAUCUAAGGUUAUGUUACUGUACUAUGUAUGUCAUAUUGAUUUAGAUUUCUAGAUUAUGGAAUUAAUCCUAAAACACUGGUACACUAUGGCUAGAAGGCACCGUUGCUUAGUUCCAGUAGAUUAUUAUGGACCAGGUCUUUCAUAGAAGAGAGAAACACAAGAAUGAAUCGAUAUAAAACAAGAAA